UUUUUCAAUAUCCAACAGAUAUCAAUUUCACCAAACAAUCCAAAAGAAUUUGUGGCCUACCAAAGUGGAAAGCAAAAGAAAAAAAAAAUGUCAUCGGAAAGAGCUAAAUCAACGAACCACUUGCGGGAGACAGAUAACUCCGGCCUCAAUUAUGAAACUGAACUCACUCUCGGUUUACCCGGCGAAUCAAGAAAGCAAAUCUCCGGCACAAAACGUAGAACCUCCGACGUUACAGAAUUAAGCCUAGGAAGUUCUAAUAACUGCAAAGAUGAUCACUCAAAAAAUGAAAUCUCUACUGGAAGAGCCAAACCUCUUGCAAAGACACAAGUAGUGGGAUGGCCGCCUGUAAGAUCAUCCAGGAAGAACGUUAUAGAAAAGUGCAAGUACGUGAAGGUGGCAGUUGAUGGAGCUCCUUACUUGAGAAAAGUAGAUCUGGAGAUGUACGACAGUUACCUGAAACUGUUAAAUGCUCUGCAAAAAUUGUUUACUAAUUGCUUAACUAUCUGUAAUUUUCAAAGUGAGAGCAAGCUUAUGGACCUUACAAAUGGUGUAGAAUAUGUACCAACUUAUGAAGAUAAAGAUGGGGACUGGAUGCUUGUUGGAGAUGUUCCUUGGAAAAUGUUUGUUGAUACGUGUAAGAGAAUCAGGUUGAUGAAGAGCUCGGAGGCUGUUGGAUUAGCUCCAAGGACACCCGUGAAAUCCUCGAGUACAAGUUAAAUAAAGAAGCCUACGUCUCAUCCUAAUUACCCAAAUUAUAUAACUGCAUGUACAGAUACUAAUGGGGAUUAAGGCUAUUCCCCUAUGCCUUACUUUAAUUCUAGGAAAAUAGGAUAAGGAAUAUAAUGAAUAGAUAUUAGGCAAUUAUUUACGUAUAAGUGUAAUUUUGUACUAUGAACCUUCCUGUGUGAGUGAAGAGGACCAUUUUUGUUAUUAUUGUAUUUGCGCGUAUGUUUUUGUUGUCACAAUUGUAGAAGAAGUAACCUAUUUGUAAUCUGGUACGAUUUGUGUUAAAAUGAUAAAGUUGAAUUGACAGA